GGGAGGACAUAAAAGGUGGACGGAGUCCUCAUUUCAUCCGAACCACACAGCGUCACACACCCAGACCCACUUCUGCUGCUGACUCAGUGAGGAACAGAGACUCUCAACUCAAAGAUGCAGAGGUGCUUUGGGAUUUUUUGCGUGUCGCUCAUCUUUUGCGCAACUCUCUCCGAGUCCAUCGGCUUGGUCAUUGCGGCAAAGGAGAAGCGUGGCUGGACUCUGAACAGCGCUGGCUACCUGUUAGGUCCCCGUCGUAUUGAUCACCUAAUUCAGAUAAAGGAUUCUCCCAGUGCCAGAGGCAGAGACGAGCUGGUCACUCAAUAUGGAAUAGAUGGACACAGGACACUCGGAGAUAAGCCGGGUCUGGCUGGCAAGAGGGACAUGGGCCAGGAGGAGGACUUCAGAACAGGUGCCCUGAGAAUAGCAGAUGGAGACAUCAUCCACACUGUCAUUGACUUCUUGUCAUACCUCAAACUCAAAGAGAUGGGAGCCUUGGACAGCCUUCCUUCCUCUGUGACAUCAGACGAACUGGCCAAUCCCUAAUGAUUCUGCCUCUCUGCAUGUUAUCUCCAUCUACCCAAGUCUAUGUUUCUGCUGUCUGGGCUCCCACUGCCCUAAAUGUCACCUUACUGUAGCUCUUCACACUCUGAUGCUGGAUUUGUCCUGGUACUAAAAGAGCUGAUUCUGUAACUCUUUAUGACAGAUUGAUUGUCCCCCAAAAGAAAUAUCAGAUCUUUCUUCUCCUGUGUAAAUCUAAUGUUAUAUCCACUGAAGGUCAGUGAGUGUCUACUGACUAGGUGGAUCUAGGUAACAGAGACGUCUAUUCAGAAUCAAACACUGUAUUUUCACCUUAAUAUACCAUCAUCUCAUUUAAUAAAAUGGAGUGAAAUAAACAAACAAAUGGCACUGGA